AGAAACCGACCCAUUUACCCACCUCCGCUUCAUAUCCUCGCAGUAGCCAAAAGCCUUCUUCUUCCUCUUUCCACUCAGCGUCAGCGGUUGAAGCAUUUUGAUCAGCGACACAAUAUCAAUUUCUUCUAUUUUUUCUUUUUUCUUUUUUUUAAGGAAUUGUCUUUUACACAUUAUAUGUCCUAGACAAACAAAUUGAAAUUCUUUCUUCACAUUUCCCGAAGGUUAAAUAUAUAUAUAUAUAUAUAUAUAUAUAUAUAUAUAUAAUAUUUAUUGGUGCGAUGGUUGAGCGGAAACUCUUCAAGACGAAGCUAUGCGUGCUUUAUCAGAGAGGCCGAUGCACGCGCCAAACUUGUUCCUUUGCCCAUGGAGAUGCGGAGCUUCGGCGUUUUGCUGGCUCUUUUCAUGGAAGGCGUGAAUAUCGAACUGAUGACUUGAGAGAUAAGCUUGAAAGAAGGCAUUCUCCAAAGCGAAAGUAUUCAGCAGAGAGAGAUGGAAGAGGCCGUAAUACUGUUCAUGCUGCAGAGCAUAGUCCAUCGAAGUCCCUUGAGAAAGAGAAAGACAGAAAGCGGAGGAAAAAACAGCUUUUAGAUGGCCAAAGUGAUAUUUCUGGAAGUUUGAGGAUCACAAAUGGGACUGAAGAUCAGGCUAAAGAAGGAAAAAUUACAACUGAAACUGAGCCCCGAGGUGCACUUGUGGAGCAGUUAAAGAAAGUGCGGUUAGAUAUCAACAAGCUUGAUCACCACAGAUCUCAACUAGAGGUCUACCUGGAAGAAAAGGUUCAAGAAGUUGAUAGUCUUACUUCUAAAAUUCAGGAGCUUGAGGAUCAAUUAUACAAAGAGAAAGAGGAAAGUAAAAGGAUCUUGUCAAAAAUAAAUAAGUUUGUCAAAGCACAUAAUCGCUGUUCACGGAUACAAGAUCAACUAAAGAGGUCACAGCUCCGACUUGGUAAGUUGGGAGAUGAGCUUGGCUCAGAUAUAAAUAAAAUUGGUGCCAAUGAAGAGGAUUCAUGCAUCAACAUUGUCAGUGAUGAAGAAACAACUGGUUUUCCUGUCAGUCCACGUAAUGACCAGCAGGAUGAUGCUCCUCCAACCAACAAAAGGCUAGAUUUUAGUUGUGGUUCUGCCAAAGAAUCAAAACAAGUGGUAAAAGCAGAUUUGACAAAAAGCGGUAAUAUAGCUGCACCAGUGAAAUUGAAGAAGCCUUCUCGGUGGAGUAUACCUUCUCAAUCUAAUGAUGAGAAGGAGACUCAGGCAGUGGAUGGAAGAAGUGGCUGGUCAAGGCCAUCUGUAUCUAUUGAAGGCAGGCAUGAGAGGCGAAAGACUCUGAGCAUCCUCUCUGCUGAGAAGUUGAAGAGAUCAGAGACAGGGCUUGUAUUACCAUCAACCAGCAUGGCUGCUCAUGCGGUUGAUGAAGAAGUUGACAUUGAACUGGAGGAUAAUAUUAGGGCUGAGACUGCUUCAACAAGAGCUGAGAAGGGAGCUACAUACGAGAUCAUGGGCUUGCCAUUUCCACUUCCCCCACCUCUUCCCGUCCUCAAAAAUAAUUAUUCAAUGUAUAAGGGCAACGAUGAGAAUAUUGACGUGGAUGGGAUUGAGGAGGAGAUGGUGCAGGUGGAUAUUAUUUAAUAUGUGAAAUAGUAGUUUUUUUAUUACUAAAUUUCGUAAAUGUUUUGCUAGAGCGUUUUCUUAAUUUGAUUUGAGAUAGUGAAACCUAGAUGUUGGUUGACAAAAAAUGUACAAAAACUUAAUAGCUCCCUCCUGGAUGUGUGCAUUUUAUAUUUGUGAUAUGGUUUUUUUGGCAUGAUUAAGAAUUGGGGUUUUCAUGAGAGCAUAAAUUUGGGGAGCA